UGGCUAGACCCAAAGACUGCCAUUCAUUAUUCACGCUUCUUCCUUAGAAAUCCAACAUGGUGCCAUCUCAGGCUGUGGAUGAGAAUGCAGCCAGUUCCUCUCCUAACGACGCAACAAAGGUAAAUUGGAGUUUCAGUGUCAGAUUGUUUUAGUUGUAGACUGAGGUGCUAGUUAUUAGGCAGUAUUGAGGUAUGUGGGUCCUUGGUUAUCUUGACCAAGUAAGAUGCACGCAUUAGGAGGACUGAGAUUUGAAACAGGAAGUAUAAACAACUGAGUUCUACCUACAAGUGCGCCCACACACACGGGUCCUGUGUAUUACUCAACUGGACAGGUCCAGACAUUAGGAGGACCGAGUUUCGAAAUGAAUUCAGAUCAAUGAGAGUUACUCUGGCAAUUGUGCAUACACACACGGGUCCUGUGUAUUACUCAACUGGACAGGUCCAGACAUUAGGAGGACUGUAUUCAUCUUGGCUAGACCCAAAGACUGCCAUUCAUUAUUCACGCUUCUUCCUUAGAAAUCCAACAUGGUGCCAUCUCAGGCUGUGGAUGAGAAUGCAGCCAGUUCCUCUCCUAACGACGCAACAAAGAAAUCCAACAUGGUGCCAUCUCAGGCUGUGGAUGAGAAUGCAGCCAGUUCCUCUCCUAACGACGCAACAAAGUCAAAACUUUGGACACAUCUUCUCAUUUCAGAAAGAACAAAUUGACUGCGAUCAUGAUCUAGUCCCUGACGAAAUGUCAAGUUUAGAAAAAUGUUUUGCAUGUGGAGGACCUUUUUCGCCUCUGAAAUGGAGUGGUGUGAGAUGUGAAGUUUGCUACCAGUCCUGGCACAAAAGAUGUUAUGUUAGCCACAAGGUGAACCUCACUGAACCUCUUCCAGAGGUCUUUAGUGAAGAUAGUUCAAGUGAGGGGGCUUCAUCAGAAGAGGAAUAUGUGCCAGAUUCUAUAGCUGACUCAGACAGCUCAUGGGACAACAAAUCAGAGCCUUUAAAUAUAAGUUGCAAACAAGUACAGAACUCUGAGAUCUCCAGCAGUCAAUCUGCUUGCAAAACGAAAAGACCUCGCCUAGAAAGUUUUUUAGAGAGCGUAGGACAAAGAAUUUCAGAAGAUGCCGAAUCAAUAUCUGAAGAUGGAAUUGGCACAAGACAGCUCGACAUAUCAGGGGUUAUUGCCACAGCAGAAAAGUCUGAUGCUGAAGGCAUUGUUGAUGACUCUAAUACUACGGCUGAAGAUUCCUUAAAAACAUCCUCCUCACUAAGAAACAAAACAUACUGCUACAUUUGUGGAAAACUACAGACAAAGUUUACACGUCAUUUAAAAACUCAUGAGAAAUCACAUGCAGAUGUUGCUCGAGUUUUAAGUCUUCCCAAGAAGUCCAAAGACCGUUUGAAAAUGCUUUCUAAGCUGCGAAACAAAGGAAACCACAGACAUAACUCGGAGGUCAUCGCAAGUGGGAUUGGAUCAUUAAAAACCAGACGCACAUCAAAAAAACCCUACAAAGGAAAAGACUAUAUUCACUGCAUUUAUUGCGAGGCAUUAUAUCUUAAAAGAGAUCUUUGGAGACAUGUUCGUAAAUGUUCUUCAAAACCAGUGGAGGCCAAUUCAGAGGGGGGACGAAAAAAGGUCUUGUCCCUGGCCUGUAUGAGUGAGUCAGCUCUGUGUCAGCAAGUUUCCCCCGGUGUUUGGAAGAUAUUAGCUGUCAUGAAAGAUGAUGAAAUAACUUCUACUGUGCGAAGUGACUUCUCUAUUCUUCAGCUUGCUCAAUCAUUCUUUAACAAACAUGGGAAAGAUCCCACCAAAUUUGACUACAUUCGCCAGACACUCCGAGAAUGUGGAAGACUUCUGCUCACACUUCGGAAAGAAUGCUCAAUACACACUUUUGAGGAUGCUGUAAGACCUGCAAAUUUCAAUGUGGUUAUCAAAGCUGUUAAGAAGGUGUGUGGGUAUGAUGAAGAAAAGAACUGCUACUCGACUCCAAGCCUUGCUUUAAAGUUGGGACACUCACUGCAGAAAGUCUGUGAUAUUAUACAUUGCAGAGCACUGAUGGCAGAAGACAGUGCACUGAUAAAGUCAACCCAGAGUUUCAAAACCCUUUAUGCUACAAAGUGGUCAGAACUCAUCUCCCAUACUGCAUUAACCACACUAAACGAGCGGCACUUCAACAAGCCUUCCACACUUCCUUUCACAGAAGAUGUUCAGCGUCUUCAUAGACAUCUGGAGAAGACUACAGAACAAGCACUGAAGGACUUGGAAGAGCAUAGUUCACCAAAAUCAUACAGUGAACUUUGUAAAGCUACCAUGGCAAAUGUAAUACUAUUUAACAGGAGAAGAGGGGGAGAAAUUUCAAAGAUGACACUGAAUGGCUUCCAGGAGAGAGACACUAGUACCCUGCACAAGGAUGUUGCAAUUGGACUGACAAAAUUUGAACUUUACCUUUGUCAACACUUCAGUCGUGUAGAAUUGAGGGGUAAACGAGGACGCAAGGUUGCAGUGCUACUUUCACCAGACAUGGUGAAUGCCAUAACACGGCUGACAGAGAAAAGACAAGACUGUGGUGUUCUGGCAGAAAACAUAUUCCUGUUUGCCAGACCUCAUUGUCUGACUCCCUACAGAGGACAGGACUGUUUGAGGAUUUAUGCAACUGAAUGUGGGGCUGAAAACCCCGAACACCUACGUUCAACGCAGUUGCGCAAACAUGUCGCAACUUUGUCUCAGAUCUUAAACCUCAAGAAUCACGAGUUAGACCAAGUUGCCAACUUCCUAGGUCAUGAUAUUCGUGUUCAUCGCGAAUAUUAUAGACUUCCAGAGGCUACUACCCAGCUUGCCAAAAUAUCCAAACUACUGAUUGCCAUGGAGAAAGGGUCUCUCAAAAGCCUUCAAGGCAAAACACUUGGAGAGAUUGAAAUCGAAGAUAACCUACAGUUGACAGAUUCAAGUGAAGAAAGUGAGGUCGGAGCGGAGCGUGAGGAGGUCGGAGCGGAGCGUGAGGAGGUCGGAGCGGAGCGUGAGGAGGUCGGAGCGGAGCGUGAGGAGGUCGGAGCGGAGCGUGAGGAGGUCGGAGCGGAGCGUGAGGAGGUCGGAGCGGAGCGUGAGGAGGUCGGAGCGGAGCGUGAGGUCAAUGAAGGAAAUCUUGUAUAUCCACAGAUUGAUUCUAUAGAUACUAGAAUGAUGAAGAAAGUUGUCAAGGAACCUCCAGCACAAAGUAAAAAUGGAGCGGGUAAGGUCAUUGAACCCAACAGAAUACUAAACAAGGAGAUGAAGCCAAGCAGUAAGAAGAAAACAAAUAAACAAUCUGCUUCUCUGGAAAAUGCAAGGAGGGUCAAAAAGCAUCCUUGGUCUCCCACGGAGGUUGCUGCGAUAAUGAAGUAUUUUGGCGAACAUAUCAAAAAAGGAAAACUGGCCACUAUUAUCGAAUGCCAGCAAUGCAAAACUGCAGAAGAUCCUG